AUGUUGUGUGCAUUCCUACUAUUAAUGACAUCAGUUGUAAACUCUGAAUUACCAUUGGACUCAACAGAAUUGACAUCUAUUAGAUGGUUGAUCAAUCAAUAUAAUAUCAAUUGGAGAUUGGAUACUGAUCUAUGUUCAGAGAUACCAACUGACACUUCGGAUCUCAAGUGUAUCGAUAAUGGACAGGGUGCUCAAACCAUCACCAAGUUGGAUAUUAACUACUAUAUCCCGAUUACAAACUCAUUUCCAGAUCCUAAUCUGAAGUCCUUGAGCUUUCCAUCUCUGUCUUCAUUCAGUAUUGAAAUGAGGUCAGAUGUUCGAAACAACACAUUCAGUCUGCUCUCUUUGUUGGAUCAAUCUAGUAAUGACCAACUAAAAAACGUUGUUAUUGAUUGUAAUAUAUCUCCUGGUACUUGCCCAUUUUCAAUUCCAGGACAAUUCCCCAAGUUCAUCCCUUUGGAAACUUUGUAA